CUUCGCACCCAUUCAUAAAAAAGGAAAGACGCAAUCUUUUCUUGUCUCUCUCUCUUUCUUCUUCUCAUUCUUCAACCAAAUCUUAAAGCUUUCCUCUUUCACUUUCUUUUAUCCCUUUGACCCCAUUUAUAUAAUCCAAUCUCAAAAGACUCCAUCUUUCGAUAUAAAAAUCCAACAUUUUUGCGGAUUUGUGUUUUAGGGUUCUUCCUUGUAUGAUUUUGAUUCCCAUAAAGGUUCGAUCAGUUUUCUCAUAUCUCUUGUUGCUGAGUUUGAUCCAAUCGAUCGACAAACCAAACCCAGAAGCCAUGAGAGUCCACCCAAUUCCCAGAAACCUCAACAACACUUUGAUCCAUCACCAUCUUCGUAACCCGACCCGAGAGCCCGGGAAGAAUCUCCGGCGAUUGCCACAUAUCUUCAACCGUGUUCUGGAGCUUCCAUUGAGGUCAGAGGCAGAUGUCUCUGUGGAAGAGAGACAAGACUGUUUUCGAUUCGUGGCGGAGACGGUAGGUCUCUGUGACGGCGACGGUGAAAUGAGGGCUUAUAUGGUUGAGAUUCAUCCGGGUAUUACCAAAAUCGUGGUGAGGACAAAUGAGUCUUCGUCUUUGGGUUUGUCUUUAGACGAGUUAGAGCUUGACGUGUGGCGUUUUAGGCUACCGGAAUCAACUAGGCCUGAGCUUGUUACUGUGGCUUGCGUUGAUGGUGCUUUGAUUGUUACGGUGCCUAAGAAUGCAGAAGAAGAAGUUGAUGAUGAUGGUGGUGGUGGAGAUUUUGGACAAGGUAUGGGUAGUGGAAGGCUAGUGCUUGUUCAGUGAAUCAAGUAAUGUCCUUUAUGUAAUGUUAUGAUGAUACACUCUUGGAAUGUUUUCUGAGUUCUUUAUCACGAAACGUGAGAGAAGACAAAUCUCUAAUCUUCCUCGUUUCUACGAUAUUGUGUAGCCUUGUGUUUUAUUGUUGGCAAUUUAGUUCUAAAUAAAAGAAAGAUUGGAUCUUUGA